UUGAUUGAUAUAGGAUAUAUAAGGCACUCUCUAAAGAGAUGUAGGCUAUGUCCCACUGAGGAAAGUUUUGUUUUUUGGGAGUGAAGAGGAGUUGCUGGCUGGUCUGGGCUAUUGGGUACUUCCUCCCAUUGCCUGUAAUUGUGUUUUGUCAAUGGGGCCUUCUACUAGAAGCCCUAUAUUUUGGGUUGAGCUAUUGGUGGACUGCAGCUUUUUAUUUCUACAAUGCUGCCUAGUUCUGUCUGAAGCUGCACGUUUGCCGGACUUCCCAGGUGACACUACUUGCCUGGAUGAUGGGAUUCAAACUACAAAACCAGAAUGGAUUCCCCAGGGUUCUUGGAUGAGCCUGAAUGUUGUAGAUUCUGCUGGAUUAGAUAUGGAAGCUUGUGAUAUCCAUCCAGAUGACAGCCUGCUGACUAUUCCGGAGAGAUGUGCCACAUAUGAGAUGGGAAGAAUGGUCUCCCACAUAUCCUUCAAAGAGUCCAUGGGACAGAAGAGCCCAAUCUACAGGGUUGCUUGUGAUGAACAGUCGGACUCUGCAAACACUGGCCCAGUCAUAGAAUGUAAGAACAACUACAUGAAGGUAUGGAUUACACGGACACUCUCUGGAUUUGACGAUGAGGUGCCUAGUACACCACCACCUGCAUCUGCCUGGACCAUUGGCGUAAAUAACGGAACACUCCAAAAAUUUGACCAGUCCAUAGCCAGAAAGCUUGGUUACACACUGUCUAGUGAUCCUAGCUACUUGAUGAUCCUUAUUGACUUCAACGCUUUUGGAAUACAAAAACUUGUAUUUAAAAAUCAAGCAUUUUAUUAUGGAUACCUCCAGUUAAUUCAGUCAAAAGUCAAUCCCAAGAUCACUAUUGAUGUUGCAGUUAACUGUGCCAGAGGGCCUCCUCUUUGUGAUGCAAAGCAGAUGACUAUCUUGAUUCCUCCUCUUGCUGGUAUCCUCCAGUACAUUGACCUUGGUGAUAUACCCAUUUCAUUGAGUGCCUCUGCACUCCAAAGAUAUGGAAUGACGCUGGACACUAGAGAUGGCGUCAAUUUAAGCAUCAGCAAAGACCACCUCCAGGAAUAUACAACUUCUGGUCGGCUUAUGUAUUACCUGCCUUCUCUCACGCUGACCUUUGAUAUGGACGGAAUAAGUGUGGCAAUGGAGCUUAGUACUAACUGUUCUGUAAACGAUCCUGUCAAUCAUACAUCUACAAUGUGCACAAACGAUGGGUUCAUGAUUAUUGAAGUGGCUUCAUCUCUAACUAAACCUAACCUGGAUUUGAGCACGGUGACUUUAGGAGAUGGUACAUGCCAGCCAAACAAGAAGACCAAUAACAGAAUAAGCUUCAAAAUUCCACUGAAUGGUUGUGGAACUACAACAAAGUUUGUAGGAGGAAAAGUCAUUUAUGAGAAUGAAGUCCGUGCACUCUGGAAGGAUCUUCCUCCAAGGAAAAUUUCAAGAGACAGUGAAUUAAGGGAGACCAUCCAGUGCAUCUAUGAUGGCUCUAUAGAUGCGUCACUCAAUCCAAGAGUGGUGACGCCAACACCUCCAGUUUCUGCUAAAAAUGAUGGUCCUCUCUCGCUUGUCAUGAGCAUCUAUCCAGAUGUGACCUAUGGAACACCCUACAGGGAUAAUCAAUAUCCAGUUGUAAAAACCUUGCGUGAUGCCAUCUUCUUGGAAGUACAAGUGUUGAAUCGAAAUGAUCCAAAUAUUGAAUUGGUGCUGGAUGACUGCUGGGCAACAAUGUUCCAGGACCCAGAGUCUUAUCCUCAAUGGAGUGUUGUAGUAGAUGGCUGCCAAGCAAAUCAGGAUAACUAUCUGACUGCCUUUCACACGGUCUCAAAUGUGGCACUACCUUUGUACCGAAAGCGAUUUGAAGUCAAGGCUUUUGCAUUUGUGCAGGGUGAGCCAUCGACUAACUUGAUCUACUUCCACUGUAGUGCUAUGAUAUGCAAUAUCCAAGCGCCAGACUCUCCACUGUGCAGUACAAAAUGUCCAAUGUCCAGGAAGAAAAGAGAUGUCCUAUUGCUGCACCGUCAUUCUACGUUGGUCAGUCUACAUGGACCAAUCUUGUUGGACUCUGUGCCUACCAUGAAAAUUCAUGAUGAGCAAGAUCUUGUAGGGAAAGUUACUACUGGAGUCCUCCCUGCCUUUGGCCUUGUUGCUGUGGUUGUCCUAGCUGCUGUGGUGCUGUCUGCUUUUAGACUGAAAUCAAAGCCUUGAACUCUGAGCACUUUUAAUAAUAAAAUGUCUGGUAAAAUAAA